AUGGAGAAGGCACCAGAGGAUCCCAGAUACAAAUAUUCAGACAACGGGAAGGUCUGCCUCAGGCUGGGAAACCUGAGCCCGAUUUCUCCAGUCCCAGCAAAUCCUGCUGCCCAAGCUCCGUUUCUGAGGGAAGGAUGUUGUGUGCCUGCUGGGGGCUUUGCAAAUCCGGCUACAGGAACAACAGCACACCAGGGACUGGUACAGCCCUGCCUGACCCAGGGAGCAGAAAAGCGGGCCACGGCAUUCCGAGUUCUUACAGGUGCUGCAUUGGAGAGCGCCUACACUGAGCGGCAGGAUAGCAGCCACCCUCUGCUGGGGGGGCAGAAUGGCCUCGGAAGCGCAGCUCUUCAGCACUUGCUCCAGAUGGGGCCAGCCCUUAAGAAGUCUGUGAGCCAGCCCCUGGCAGACCCUCGGCUCGGGCCCCAGCGGAUCGGACUGGAAGCGGGAAGGAGUCACAUGGAGCUGGCCGGGUUUGCGCUGCGACUGUUUCUGAUCGCCCAGGUCGGGGUCUGUGCUGGCCUGGGCCCGGGGAUCGGGGCCAAUGCGAGCCGCCUCUCCAGGCUGGCCAAGCCGGAGCCAGAGACAGCAGAAGCCGCCAGCUCCUUCCUGUUCUCCCGGGACCCCGCCACCCUGCUGCGGGUGAACUGCACAAAGCGGCUGGAGAUCAGAGCUGGCAGCACCGGGCACCCCAGUGCCAGGGUCCAGUCUCUGGUUAGGGGGGCCGUUGACACUUUGGUCCACACCACCAACUUCCUCAACCUGGUCUUCCAGACCAAUGACCUUCGGGAAUCUAGUGUGAAGGAUGAGAUUGAGUGGUACCAUGCCCUGGUGAGGAGCAUCGUGGAGGCAGAUGCCAACAUUGACAGGGCAAUGCUCAUUCUGGACGUGCCCACCAUCCCCUCCAAAUCCCAACUGGUCCUCCAGGCUGCCAAGCGCCAGAAUGCGAUCUACCUGCGGGAACUCUCCUCGAUCCCAGGGGAUCUGGAGAACCAGACUGUGGACAACGACUGGUUCAAUGCGAUGAAACACGAAAAGACACCUGAUCUUAACAAGUGGAUCUUAACUAAUGACCUGAGAACACUGGACAGCCCCAAGUGGGGGCUCGGGCACAGCUACAUGAUUGACAAAGAGCACAUUCAGUGGUCUAGCCCGUUCUUAGAUUGUGAAGAUUAUAAAUUCAUCCCCAAAUGGAUGAUGAGCUUGUCUUCUUCAUUCUAUGGACUGAAGCCCGAUCUCAGUCCCGAGUUUAAAGGAGUGAUCCGAAUGGAUGUUAACCUGCAGAGCGUGGAUAUUGACCAGUGCUCAACCGAAGAUAGUUGGUUUGCAGAUUCCCAUCAGUGUGACGUAAACAGCACAGAGGUGUUUAUCCUAUACUUUCAACCCAGUGUUUUCCGAUGUGUUCUCCUGCGAUGGGUGCGAACACUGGGAUUUGCCAUCAUCUAUGGAACAGUAACAUUGAAGAUUUACAGAGUGUUGAAGGUGUUCCUAUCCCGAACUGCCCAGCGGGUACCUUACAUGACAUGCUGCAGGGUACUGAAGAUGUUGGGUGUCAUUGUACUAACAGUCUGUUGGUUUCUCAUUGCCUGGACACUGGCUGCCUGGGAGAACAUGGACAGGAAGAUCCCACUGGUCAUUCAGUCACAAACUCCAGAUGGACAGCUAUUUAACAUGUGCCAGCUCGAUCGGUGGGACUACAUGAUGGCCAUUGCUGAGUUCCUCUUGCUGUGCUGGGGAAGUUAUCUCUGCUACGCUGUGCGAACAGUACCAUCCACCUAUCAUGAGCCACGUUUCAUGGGCCUUGCCAUCCACAAUGAAAUCCUCAUGUCUGCUGCCUUCUAUGGUGUCAGGUACAGAAACACUGGGAACAAAGAGGAAACAUCUCAGUCAAUUGAUAAAUCUAAGGUCGCAGCUAUCUGUCCCUGGGAUGCAGGAAACACUGGGAACAAAGAGGAAACAUGUCAGUACAUUGAUAAAUCUAAGGUCGCAGAUAUCUGUCCCUGGGAUGCAGAGAAUGCAGUGGGCAGUGAACAAAAGACAUUGUCUGGUGAUAAAUUUAAGAUCACAGUUAUCUAUCCCUCAGAUGCAGAAAAUACUGAGAGGAAAGAGGAACCAUCACCAUCCUUUGAUAAAUCCAAAGUCUCAGGUAACUGUUUCAGGGAUACUGAAGAUUCUGGGUGCAAUGAGGGAUUAUUGCUGCCCAUUGAUAGAUAUAAAGUUCCAGAUAUUUGUCUUUGGGAGAAAGAACCAACAGCAACAGGAGAAAUUCAAAUGGGUACAAAACCUGAAAGCAAUUUUAUUUCAAUUUCUCUUUCUGAAACUGAGGUGACAGCAGCAAACCAACAUGAAAAUAAAGAAGCUGAAAAACCAAAAGAUCAUGCAAAAGUUAACUAUUUAAAUGUGAGCCGUCCUAUGCAUUUAGUAUGA